GUGAUGGAGGGUGUGAGGGAGAUAACUAGAAGUGGGGCUAAGUUCGUUGAUGGACAAGAAAAGGGGUUCGAUUCAAUAAUUUUAGCUACGGGUUAUAAGAGCAACGUCCCUUCUUGGCUCAAGUGGGUGUCCUUAUAUCUAACUAAGCUCCAAAUUGCUUCUUUGUAUCCUUUUGCAUUGAUACAGAGUGAUUUCUUCACGGAGCAAGGGAUGCCCAGGACCCCAUUUCCUGACGGUUGGAAAGGAGAGAAAGGCUUGUACAGUGUUGGCUUUACAAGGAGAGGUCUCUUAGGAACGGCCUCAGAUGCCAACAAAAUAGCUAAGGACAUUGCUGAUCAAUAUACAGCCUUCAAGGAAGCUAAGAUUACCACCUGCAAUACCCAUAUUGGGAAACAGGGGAAGGAGAUCAGUUGUGUGGGCAGGGAGUAG